AUGUAUUCUGGAAAACAGUUUUAUAUACCUGUUCAGCGAUGGUUGGCACGAGAUCAAGAGGAUGGAGAUAUCUGUCUAGAAUUUCCUAUUUUAAACAAAGGACAACCUGUCCUUCCAGUGACAGUAUAUGAAGUACGUAUGACCACAGGCGAACUAUGGAAUGCUGGAACAAAAGCAAAUGUCUAUAUUUCUAUCUAUGGGGAAAAGGGAGAUACAGGAUCUAGACAACUAUUUAGAUCUAAGAGCACCUUCAAUUUCUUAAGAGGACAAACUGACACUUUCUCUCUGGAAGCUGUGCACCUUGGGGAUUUGUAUAAAGUUGUCAUAGGUCAUGAUGGCCUUGGACCAGGAAAUGGCUGGUUUCUUGAUGAUAUUCUGGUCAGAGAUCCCACAACAAACCAUGAAUAUGCCUUCUCAUGUUGCAGGUGGCUGGAUCAAGGGGAAGAUGAUGGUAAAAUUGCCAGAGAGCUGUAUGCCAGUGAGAACAGCAUCUUCUCUGGGAGUGAGUGCUAUGUACACACAUCUUGGGAAAUUCUGUUUUACUGGAAGAAGUUAGAACUUAAGAGAAAAGAAACAUGGGUUGCAGAAAGCUGGAAGUUUAUGAAAAGAAAUACUCUUCAGUUCUAUAGCAAGCUUACUGGAGGGUUUAUCCGCCUGCAUCCAGAUGGCACAGUUGACGCAGUUGGAAAGAAGUCAGACAAAUAUGGUCUUUUUGAUGUUAUUUUCAACAAAGGGAAUGUGUGCAUCUUCCAAAGUCAUCAGAUGAGACAUCUUUCUCUUGCUCUUGAUGAUGGCUUUGUUACUGGAAUGGCCAGUGGUGUUGCGGCCACUAAUCUUCGAGUGCUGUAUCAGCCCAAUCGCUGUGCCCUUCUAGAGUCGACACUGGUUCCUGGUCACACAGUCAUUUUUGAUCAUCAUGGCAAAAUAGCUGAUGAGUCAUCAGGCUAUGCAAAUCUUUCAAAAGAAUUUGUGAUUUAUGUUAAGGGUGUGUUCCUUGACAGUGCUAUGGUUCUGCUUACUACGAGCCUCAGUCAGGCCUUGUGUCUCCAGCCUGAUGGGAGCUGCACAGGAGUGGGGAGUCAGUCUGAAAAAUCCUACUGGAAAGUACAUAAAAUCAGCUCUGGGAUUUGCAUGUUUGAAAGUGUGAAGAAUGCACGGAUGUAUCUGAGGAUUAAGGAUAGCCAGUGUGAUGGAACAGGUACAGGAGAUGUUGACUGUCAUUUUAAAAUUAAGAAGAACUUAGAAAAUGCAUCCAUAAGUUUGGAAUCUACAAAGUACCCAGGAUUGUUCGUUGGACUUCUGUCAGAUGGACGUGCAAAGCCAGUUAUUUAUACCAAGGAUGGGAGUGCUUUCUUCUAUCCAAAAGUCAUCCAGUUUGGCAGAGAAAACCCAAUGGGAACAUCUGCAACACCCAGCCAAAGGGAGGAAAAGAACAAUGCAACAAAAAUCCAGAUGGAAACACCAUCUAAAUUGGAGGCGGGAUAUCUCUUAUCUUCUCCAAUCACAAAAGAAAUGAGACAUUCCCAAAGCUGUAAGAAUCUCCUGUCAGAAAAUGAAUGGAAGGUGUUUGUGUUGACGGGAAAUACAGGAACUCAAGCUAAUGUCACACUCUGGGUGUAUGGGGAUGAAGGAGGCACUGGGCCAAUAGUACUCAAUAAGGACAAUCCAGAUCAGCUCUUCCUGCCAAGACAGGAGGAUGAAUUUCAGGUUGAAAUAAGAAACAUUGGAAAGAUAUAUAAGAUCAGAAUAGGACAUGAUGGAACUAGUGAACAAGCUGAAUGGAGCUUACAGAGGAUUGAUACAUUUCAAGUUGAAGCAGUGUCUCUUGGAAAACUGCAGAAGGUGCUGUUGCGUUGUGAGGCCUGCAAUAAAUCACAAUACUGGUACUGCGAGAAGGUUGUUGUCAAAGAGCCUGGAGCCACAUCAGAGUCCAUCUUCAUCUGUGAAAGCGGGCCUGCUUAA